GAAUGACAAGAAUAUCGAUAUGAAUCUAAGCUACCUGGAGAAAAUCCAACUGGGCUUCCAAACCAUCAUCAGUCGUUCACGCCAUGAAGCACCGUACAAGUGCCUCUAUUUUCUACUUUCUACUACUAGUGACUUAUGUUGCUGGUCAGAAAAAGGAACAAUGGCCCCUUGACAUUCAUGGAGAAGGAAGUCCAAUUCUCUAUAGGUGCUUGUACGUUUUCUUCAUAUGUACUGACUAUGUGGGCACAUGGCCCGAUAAUAAGUUCGAUUGUUAUGAAUACUACCUGGAUUGCUUGAGCAAAAGUCCAAAUCAGGAAACAAACUUGAUUGUGGAUGGAGCAGUGAUUCCAAUCGAGGUUUCGCCAGACGAGCUCCCAUCUUCGCAAAUCUUACCCUCAGAUGGAAACAACAACCCUACCGGACAAGAUCCUAGCAGUAAUAAUCCCAAUGGAGAUAAUUUCAACGCUGGGGGAAGUCUAACAGGAGGAGAUCCAACGGGAGGAGCCCCAAUGGACGGCAAUUCCAGUGGAGUGAAUCCAGAUCAAGCAAAUCCUGCCGACAAUGAUUCCGACGACGGCAACAACCCGGGCUCUAAUAAUCCUGAUUCCGAUGAUCUUGGCUCAAAUGUCCCAGAUUCCGCCAAUCCAGAUUUCAAUAACCCCAAUGACAACAACCCCGAUUCCAAUAAUCCUGACUCGAACAACACUGGAUCCAACGAUCCUAACGCAAACAAUACUGGAUCCAAUGAUCCUGACGCAAACAAUACUGGAUCCAAUGAUCCGGACGCAAACAAUACUGGAUCCAAUGAUCCGGACGGGAGCAAUACUGGAUCCAAUAAUCCGGAUGGGAACAAUACUGGAUCCAAUGCUCCUGACUCGAGCAAUCCUGGAUCCAAUGCUCCUGACGGGAACAAUACUGGAUCCAAUGCUCCUGACGGGAACAAUACUGGAUCCAAUGAUCCUGACGGGAACAAUCCUGGAUCCAAUGAACCUAACGGGAACAAUCCUGGAUCCAAUGGUCCUGACUCAAGCAAUCCAGAUUCCGACGGAAUUAAUCCUGAAAAUUCUGACCCUGACAACUCUGAUUCCGAAAAUCCCGCUUCAAACGGAGAAAAUCCCGGAAAUAGUAAUUCCAAUGGAGAAACUCCAAACAACGAUAGCAACUCAACUGGGGAUAACUCCACAAAUAAUUCAAGUGGUAACAAUGAAAAUCCUAACGAUGAUGCUAAUAACAAUCCCGAUGGAGAAAACCUGGAUGGCGGAAAUUCUGAGGAUAACGAUAAUACUGGUACGUUUCCAAUUGACAAUCAAAGCGAUUCUAAUGACAACCCGGAUGCAGACAAUCUUAACGGAGAUGAUCCUUUGAAUGGAAUCGGCGAUGAAGACGACUUUGAAUUGCCCGAUGAAAAUAUCAACGGCGAUAAUCUUGAUGCUGACAAUCUUAAUGCAGACUCGGGAGGCAAUGGCUCGGACGAUAACUCCGCCAACGGAAAUCAAGAUGGUCCUGACCCUAAUGACGAUAAUUCCAAUGAGACUCAAAGCGAGAGCCCUCCUAAUGUGGACAAUUCUAACAAUGGUAACUUGAACGAAAAUAGUGGAGAUGAUGAAAGCCCAGAAAACGAGGAGUUCACUCCAGAUGGAGGAGUGCGUUCGUGCCACCAGCACUUGCAGAACGGAGCUCGUGAAUCUGGCGAGUACGUAAUCAACCUCAAUGGUCAAGCGGUCACCGUCUAUUGCGAUAUGGAAACGGAAGGAGGCGGUUGGACGAUCCUCCAAAGACGCGGUGACUACGGCCGAGGCAAGAACUUCUUCCUCCGAAGUUGGGAUGAUUAUCGUAAGGGAUUUGGUGACCCAAUGGAAGAUUUUUGGUUGGGCCUUACCAACAUGCACCAACUGACCAAGAACGACGAGGUCGAGCUCUUGAUCGAGUUGGAAGACUUUGAGAACAACAGCACCAGUCUCUUGGUCAAUAAUUUCACCGUCGGAAAUGAAGAAAAUGGUUUCAAAAUCUCAUACAAGAAUUAUAAUUCCAAGAUUGGGAACAGUCUUCCUGCUCGUGGAACCAAGUUCAGCACCAUCGAUAUGGACAAUGAUGCUUGGAAACAGAAUUGUGCAAAGCGGUUCUCCGGCGCUUGGUGGUACAGUGCGUGUCAUAAUUCAAAUUUGAAUGGUUUGUACCUGGAGGGAAAACACGAAAGCUUCGGCAACGGCGUUAAUUGGUACCACUGGAAAGGCUACCACUACUCGCUCAAAAACACCCAAAUGAAAGUCAGGCCAACUCGCGCCAACGAGGUAGCUCCCGUCAAAAUCUAGUCAGUCAAAAAGGACCCGGUUGCUCAUAAUAACAUUUAUUAUGUCCCUUUGGUUAAUCGAUUGAUUUUGUGUAACACACAUUGUGCCAUACCAACCGUAUACUCUAUGAGUUGACAAAUGAAAUAUAUAUAAUGUGUAGUAUCUUAAAA